AUAAAAGAUUCAGCGGUUUAGACAAAGAGAGAAAAAAAAAAAAAAGAUGGCAAAAAAGGGUCCUUCGAGUUUGGGGAUUGUCUUCUUGCUUUUACUAGCUCUCUUGGCCCCUUGGCGCAUAAACUGUGUGUUUUCUUCUCGACAAGAGUUACAUCCAUGGCGUAUCGACGGAGAGAGAAGGAAGCUAAUACCAGUAUCAGCAUCAUGUAGUCUAAGGGCUCUCGGUCGCGGCGGUGGUUGUCGGGAUGGUGGAGGUCCACGUCCUCCGAGAGCAUCAUGUAGUCUAAGGGCUCUCGGUCGCGGCGGUGGUUGUCGGGAUGGUGGAGGUCCACGUCCUCCGAGACGAUAGUUUCCUCGCUCGCUGUGAUUUGGGAUUGUCGUUGGUCUACUGUCUACACUCAGUAUAAAACUGCUUCAGUUCUACCAAUAAGUUGCCUUUCCAAAGAGCUGUUUAAUUAGUAUUGUUUUGGCGAAAAAAAAAAAUAUUUGUUUUUAGUUCAUAAGCAUAUGUAAGAUAAUGUGAUAUUUAGGGGAGACAUUGUUACAAGAACUUAUCGAAUGUUGCGAUCUUCCCUCUCCAAUGCUAGUCCUCGGCGUUCGGUUA